AAGCGCAAAGCUCUGGCAGUCGCGUACGGAGAGAGCGCGGCAUCACUCGGGACGUCCGAUGCGAGGCGCGCGCUCGGGACAUGGCUUCGUGACUCGCGCGUAUACGGUGAUCAACUCGCAGAAGCACACGGAUUCACCUCGUGCUCGAUGGGACACGAACAGCGGCGGCAACCGCAUCGCUAUUGAAAUCCGCCAGCAGAUGGCAACGACAUUCCUUCACCGAGGUUGAUUGAGCUUGUGUGUCGACAGCUGCAUCGCUCUAUGGAUACCAACAGGCGGCUUGCGACUGAACCACCGGUGUCAUUCGCCUAAGUGCUUGACAUUUCGCCGCCUGCACAUCUACGCGUAGAGCACGCUGGCUGGAUUCCCGGAACGUCGUCACGUUGUGUGCCUUUUGAGUGUUGUUGAUUGAGUGUGCGACUCGGUUUCCUGUUUUCGUGUGGUUGUUUGUUUGUGACGCGGUCUCUUCUGAUGCGUGAGUACUGUGAUGUGUGCAUGCCGGCUGGAAGGGAUGCAGCCGACGACCGGCGCUAGUCACUCUCCCAUGCUGGGUGAACUCGAGGAUUACCUGCACGAGAUUCGGGGCCGCGAUGUGGCGCCCGAAGAUGACGACGCUGAGCCCGGAGACGUGUACUCUCAGCUGGCGCAGAAGGAGAAAGACCUUCUGCUGGCAGCCGAGAUCGGAAAGGAGCUGCUCGAGCGAAACUCGGACCUCAGCCGGCAGAAUGAGAGGCUCACUGAGGAGUACUCAAGGAAACUCGAGGUGCUGGAGCAGGAGAAGCACGCCCUGCGGCGCAAGCUGGAGUCCCUGUCGGGCGAGAGCGACAGCCGGCUGGCCGAGCUGCAGGCCGACCUGUCGCAGGCCAGGCAGCAGCUGGCCGACCAGCAGGAGCUGCUCCGGGCUUUGGAGAAAGAGCGGGGCGCCCUGGUGCACGAGAUGGCCGACCAGAACCAGAGGCUGGCGCAGGAGCUCAAGGCGGCGCGAAGGGCCGAGGACCAGGCGGCCGGACAGUACCGCAGCCUGAGGCAGCAGCUCUCCAUGCGCCGCUCCAGCCUGGACGACCACGUGGCGCAGCUACAAGGGCUGCGAGACGAGAUCACGCUUCUGUCUGAGCGCAAGGCCGAGCUGGAGCGGCGCAUCUCUGCACUGGUGGACGAGCGCGAGAGCCUGAGUCUGUCCCUCGAGGAGUCCGGGGACCGCAUACUGCUGCUGGAGAAGCAGAGGCACGAAUACGAGACGCAGAUCCGGCAGCAGCAGCGGGAUAUGGAGGAGCUGAGGAUCGCCAACGGCCAUCUGCAGGACCGCGUGGACGCUUUGCAGAGGCAGCGCACCUCAUCUCCCCUGCUCAACGGCCUGCUGAACACGGGACAGCGGUCGCUCUUCAACGAGAUCGAGAUGUCCUCUAGUUCGUCAGCCGACGACGAGGCCGGCAGCAUGGGCCGUCGCAGCCGGCAGCCCUCGCAGCUGGGCUCUUCGUCGGCGGGCUUUCCGGGGGACUUCGACGAGAUCGAGUGCGACGACUGCGACCUGGCUACCGACGAGGACAAGCAUCUUCGGCAGGAGCUGGCGCAGGCGGUGCAGGAUCUGCAGCGGCUGGCCUCCGAGCUCCGUCGUCAGCGCGAGAGCAGCUCGACGACCAACUCGGACAGCGGCGUGCCCCCGUCGCCGCAGGAGCUCGACCCGAGCGAAGUGAGCGCCCACAUGCUGCACGCCGUGGUCACCGACCUCAGGGCGCUGCUGCACGACAUGCUUGCCGGAGGAGCGGCCGUGUGUCAGGCGUGCCAGGCGGCGGCCGAGCGCGCCCGCGAGGAGGCCGAGCUGCGGCGCGAGCUGGCCGACAAGAGCGACGAGCUGCGUCGCCGCAGCGCCGACCUGGCCGAGGCGCAGAGGCAGCUGGCGCUGCGCGACACCGAGCUGCGGGCGCUGCACGAGGAGCGGGACAGGCUGCGCGAUGACGUGGGCAGCAGCCGCAUGGCCAAGGACGAGAUCGUCAAGAGGGCGUGGGACACGCGAGACCAGGCCGUCGCCAGGAAAAACAACACAGAGAUCGAGCUGGCCAAGACCCGCAUCGAGCUGAUGCACAUCAACAGCCAACUCAUGGAGGCCAUCCAGCAGAAGGUGGAACUCUCACAGCAGCUGGAGCAGUGGCAGGUGGACAUGCAGUCCCUGCUGGACGAGCGCGUCCAAAAGCAACUUCGCAUUCAGGAGGCUGAGGACCGUAGGCGAAAGGCAAAGGCAGCCGCCGCCAACGGUGCCUCAGCGUCGCCGCAGCAGAAGACGCCCAGCAAGGGGGGCAAGCUGUUUGGACUGUGGAAGAAACAGCAGAGUCCUCAGACGCCCCAGUGAACACUCCCUCGAGACUGUGUGUGUGUGCACUGCCGCGUCUCUAUCCCCUUCGCGCGCGUCUCACGAACUGACCACAGAAGUGCCACUCUACAGUGCGGUCUCCACGGUGUUCCGCUGCCAUUCGAGAGAUCUUGAAACCGGCCUCGGUCCCAUUCAGGGAGCGAGACUGGACAGACUCUCGAGCACACAUUUUCUCAUCUCAUCGACGUCAUCGUAGUGUUAACGUGUGCCCAGACUUUCUCUUUCGCGUUGGGCACACUGAAGCGAGGAUUAGGAUAUUUACUGUUGCUUGUCAAAUACGUUGUUGCGUGUCACACAUUUUAGCACUCUUUAACUGAUGCAGGCCCUUUCUCAUCUCGCGCUGCUCUGCAAGCGUACUUUUGUGAUCUUGCCUUCUAUGGACUGUCUUUCAGUCGAGCGAGAGGCUGUUAUCGCGAGAAAGGCUUUUCGAUGUUCAGUCAGUGGGUUUUAUCCCUAACUGCACAUUAUAUUUAUGUGCGAAAGAAAUGUUUGGGCAGCAAUACCGAAACGUACGAUUUACGAAGAGUCUAAUAUAUACGCACUAGCUGUAGUUUCAUUAUUUAGGAUUCAGAAACAAACGUGCUGUACCUUGGGUGAAAUGUUUACGAGCGAACAAUCAUGCAAUGUUUUUCCGGUGAUGCCUUACUCCGGAGGAAUGCACUCGUUGAGCAGUUUUAAUUUAUUUGCAACUACUUUGACAGUUGUUCAAUCUGUUGUGUUGUUGCUUCUCUCUCUGGCACUGAUUGCCAACGAGCAAAGCUAUAAUGUAAUUUAAGUA